UCACAGACCAUCCCCUUCUCCGCCAGAACCCUUCUCCCCCCUCUUCACUCUCCCCGGAAGCAUCGCUCGCACGCAUCGGACGCCGGAAUCCCCGCCUCCGGCGACUAGGGUUUCGCCCUCCGGCGACGCCCCUCCUCUCCACCAGGCUAUUCCCUCGAAGUUAUGGAAGAGCCAUCAAAGGACAAUGGGCAAUCAUCCUGUGUUGUUGAUCCUGAGCUGGAACCUAUGAUGCUGGAUGAUGCUAGAGAGGGAGUAUCCCAUACAUUGGAUGAUGCAAAUGGGCAUUCUUCUAUGGAUGUUGACAGAGGAUGCCAUUCUAUGGACACCACGAGAUCAUCUCUGGGUGAUGAUGGUAAAGGAAAGCGCGACUCAUAUGCCCAAAUUCCAGUCGACAUGAGUAUUCCAAGCCUAGAAAAGUUCUGCAAAGAAGCAUCAAGGUCCUUCUUUGAUGAGAUUGGUCUGAUCAGCCAUCAGAUAAAUUCUUAUAACGAGUUUGUCUCACAUGGGCUCCAGGAACUUUUUGAUUCUCUGGGGGAAGUGACUGUGGAGCCUAGUUAUGAUCCUUCAAAUAGAGGACCAGGUGGCUGGAGACAUGCUAUCAUCAAGUUUGGAAGAGUGCAACUAGAAGAACCAGUAUUUUGGUCUCAUGGAUGUGAUAUUGAUGAACAAUCGCUCAAACUGAAGCCAAGGCAUGCUCGCCUACAGAAUAUGACAUAUUCUUCCAAAAUGAAAGUGGAAGUUCAUUUCCAGGUUUACUCUAUGGAGAAGAGUGACAAGGCUAAAACAGGGAAUGAUAAAUUUGGUUACAAGCGAAACAUUAUUAAUGAAACAUAUUAUAUAAAUAUUGGCCGCCUUCCAGUUAUGGUUAUGUCAAAUUUAUGUUGGCUCCACAAACUCAAGGAAAGUGAUUGCCAAUUUGAUUCUGGUGGAUACUUUUUGAUCAAGGGAAUGGAGAAGGUAUUCAUUGCGCAAGAGCAAAAAUGUCUGACCAGGAUUUGGGUUGAGGACCGUCCUUGCUGGAUGGUCUCUUUCUUGUCUCCAAUCAGAAGAAGGCGCAUAUAUAUAAAACUAAUUGAUUCUGCAAAUAAUGAAGAUGCCAGUGGGGGGAAGAUCAUUUCCAUCUCCUUUUUGUAUGCAAAUAUGCCAAUAUGGUUGAUGUUUUUUGCACUAGGCAUAUCAUCAGAUAAGGAUAUCUUUGAUGUUAUAAAUAUGGAAGACUGUGAUGCUUGUGUUAUCAACACAAUUACCGCAACUAUUAAAGAAUCAGAUGAAUUGUGUGAAGGCUUCCGUAAAUCAGAUAAAGCCCGGCAGUAUGUUGACGAAUUGAUUAAGAAUUCAAAAUUUCCUCCUGCAGAGCCAUUUGAUGAUUAUAUUGCUAAAUACCUCUUCCCCAGCAUAAGUGGGAACCGGAACAAAGCACUUUUCUUAGGUUACAUGGUCAAAUGCCUUUUAAUGGCUUUCACUGGGAAGCGCAAAUGUGACAACAAGGAUGAUUUCCGGAACAAGAGGUUGGACCUAGCUGGUGAAUUGCUUGGAAGAGAACUCCGUGCGCAUAUUAGGCAUGCAGAGAGACUCAUGGUUAAGGCCUUGCAGAGAGAUUUAAAUAGUGAGCGUGAGUUACAAGAAUUUGAUCAUUAUCUGGAUGCUUCAAUUAUUACCAAUGGUCUAAACCGUGCCUUCUCUACUGGUUCUUGGUGCCAUCCUUACAAAAGAAAUGAAAGAUGCGCAGGAAUUGUUGCGACACUAAGGAGAACAAAUCCGCUUCAGAUGAUCUCGGACUUGAGGAAAACUCGCCAACGAGUUGCUUAUGCUGGGAAAGCCGGUGAUGCAAGAUAUCCAAAUCCAUCCUACUGGGGAAAAUUGUGUUUUAUGUCCACUCCUGAUGGUGAAAACUGUGGACUUGUGAAAAAUCUAGCUGUUACAGCUACUGUUAGCUCCAGAGUAGCACCGCCAUUGAUUGACAGGUUCAUUUCUUGUGGAAUGAAUAAGCUGCAUGAGAUUCCUACAGAGGAGGUUCCUAGAAUGGAUAAAAUCUUCCUGAAUGGGGAUUGGGUGGGGUCCUGUAGUGACCCGGCUUCAUUUGUCUUGCGUUUAAGGUGCAUGAGACGCAGUGGUCUGAUAGAUCCACAGGUUGAGAUAAAACGGGACAAGCACCAAAGGGAAGUUCGGGUGUUUUCUGAUGCAGGUCGAAUCCUCAGACCGCUUCUUGUGGUUGAAAAUCUCAAUAAAAUUAGGAGACCGAAGGGCAGUUCAUAUUCUUUUCAGUGGUUAAUGCAACAAGAAAUAAUUGAGUUUAUUGGCGUUGAAGAAGAGGAAGAUAUACGAAGUGCCUGGGGCAUCAGGAACCUAUUUGAGAGUGAAGAAGAGGCUCCCAUGGUAAAAAUGAAUAAAGCAGAGGAUGUCUUCAAUGUUAAGAGGAAGAUCGGAGGGGAGGUUUCAGGUUAUACGCACUGUGAGCUGGAUCUUUCUUUUCUGCUAGGAUUAAGUUGUGGUAUUAUCCCUUUUGCGAACCACAAUUUUGCUCGGAGGGUUCUUUACCAAUCUGAAAAACAUUCACAGCAAGCUAUUGGAUACUCUACAACAAAUCCGCACAUCAGAGUUGAUACCCUUUCCCAUCAACUUUACUAUCCUCAGAGACCCCUUUUCAAAACAGUGAUAGCUGACUGCAUUGGUAGAUCAGAAUAUACUUUUGGGAGAAAGGAUGACUUUGCCAGACCAGAGUAUUUCAAUGGCCAAAAUGCAAUAGUGGCAGUGAAUGUUCAUCAGGGGUUUAAUCAAGAAGAUUCCCUGGUUAUGAAUAGGGCUUCUCUUGAGCGGGGUAUGUUUAGGACUGAGCACUUCAGGAACUAUAAGGCUGAAGUAGAGAACAAAGGUGGGCCAGGUGGCAACAAACGACUAAAAAUGAAGGAUAAGAUUGACUUCGGUAAAAUGCAAAGCAAGAGAGGACGUGUUGACAAUCUUGACGAUGAUGGAUUACCAUAUGUCGGUGCAAGUCUUCAGAGUGGUGACAUUGUCAUUGGAAAGGUCUCAGAAUCUGGUGAAGAUCAUAGUAUUAAGCUGAAGCAUACUGAAAAGGGUAUGGUGCAGAGGGUAUUACUUUCAGCUAAUGAUGAGGGGAAGAACUUUGCAGUUGUUACUCUAAGACAGGUUCGAUCACCUUGCCUUGGAGAUAAAUUUUCCAGCAUGCAUGGCCAGAAAGGUGUCGUUGGUUUUCUAGAAUCUCAGGAGAAUUUCCCAUUUACUUACCAAGGAAUAGUACCAGAUAUUGUGAUAAAUCCACAUGCAUUUCCUACCCGUCAAACUCCAGGCCAGCUUCUUGAAGCUGCUUUGGGGAAAGGAAUUGCCCUCGGUGGUACAAUGAGAUAUGCUACACCAUUCACAACAGCAUCGUUUGAUGUGAUCACAGACCAAUUACACAAGGCUGGAUUUUCAAGAUGGGGAGCUGAAAGUGUUCUCAAUGGCCGGACUGGUGAAAGGAUGCACUCAUUGAUUUUCAUGGGUCCUACUUUUUACCAGAGGCUGAUACACAUGGCAGAAGAUAAGGUCAAGUUCAGGAACACGGGGCCAGUGCACCCCCUAACACGGCAACCUGUUGCUGACAGGAAGAGGUUUGGGGGAGUGAAGUUUGGAGAAAUGGAGCGUGACUGCCUCCUCGCCCAUGGUGCAGCAGCCAACCUCCAUGAGCGGCUCUUCAUGCUUAGUGACUUCUCGCAGAUGCACGUCUGCCAGACGUGCGAACGUGUGGCGAAUGUUAUCAUGAGGCCUGUCCCAGGAGGAAAGAAGAUCCGGGGGCCAUACUGUGGGUUCUGCCGCUCUUCUGAAAACAUAGUAAGGAUCAAUGUGCCCUACGGCGCAAAGCUGCUCUAUCAAGAGCUAUUCAGCAUGGGGAUCUGCCUUAGAUUUGAGACGGAAGUCUGCUAGAACUCCACAUCUACUAUCGACUCACCAUGUAUAUAUAUCCUCGUUGUCCCUUGGAGAUUCUGUUAUGGGCAUUAGUGUUGUAGCCACAUGACUUCUCUUCCGGUUGGACGAUGGCAUAGCUAGGAGGGGUGAAUCUGAAGUCAGGUGAAACCUUUCUUUUGCUAUUUAUUUGGGUGAAGACUCAAUUCCCAUCACCUGCCUUUGAUGUCCUGUGACCAACCGAUGGCAUAGUUAGGGAUGGGGUGAAUCAGAGGUCAACUGAAAACCCUUUUGCUAUAGUUCGAUGUUUCACCUUGGCACUGUACUAUGCAUAUUUGGAUGAAAACUCAUUUCCCAUCUCCUGCUUUUGCUGUUCUGUGAUGAAGCUUAUGCAUGCAUGCAUGCUUUCGUGUUU